UGCCCUUACCGGCCAUGAAUGGUCCCUUACCUGCUGAGCUAAGAAGAAAACAGAAGAGAACACUGGAGAACACUGAAUGAUGCAAAUAUUCCAGCAGAAAAACCUCACAUGCCCAUCAGGAACUAAGCGGGAAAGGCUGUUAAUAACAGCCCUGAUGUAGUCAUGGGUGAGACAAACAGCGAACUUGAGUGAAUUUUCAACUCAUACAUAGUAUUACAGUAAAAAAUGUGUUAUCGGUCAUUUCAUCUAUUUACAUGGUUUAAGGUGCGCGUGCCGAUGAAAUCAACAUGCAAACAAGAAAACUUGAAACUUUUUUAAGUAGCAAAAUGCAAAGUAAUAAUUCUUUACGUUGAAGGAAAAUAACAAGAGAAAAAAAUGUAUGUAGGCUGUAGACCACAAAUUGGGAUCAUCUAUUUGAAGCCUCAGUGCAAUCAACGAGGCCCAUGGAUCGGGAUCAUUUGGCAGUUGGCUGUUUGUUUUAGUAAACUUCUCGUUUUCAUACAAUACAAUAUUUUGGUUCAAAUCUACCUCGAUCACCAUGGCAGCCUAGUGUAGUGGCUCUUUCGGCAAGUCUAGUUUUUAUCCUGGCAUGGUUUAUGAAUUGCAUGGCUCGCUGGCUUGUAGAUUGUCCGGGGCCCCUCAUCUUUCAAGUGUUGCAUUAUUUUAUCUGUAAAUUUGGCCUCAAAUUCUCUUGAAGUGUGGUCUUUUUGCAACUUCAGUUCCACUUUGUAAUUAAAACGUGAAAAGAGCGCCAUUGGUGGAUUGCAUUUAUACCGUCUGCCUAAAUUUUUGACUGUAUAUUGAUACAGUUGAAGCUUCAUUAAUGGCCACUUCUUUAUGACAGCCAUUCCCCCCACCCCCGGUGGACAGUUCACAUGUCGACUCUGGUUUGAACCUCUCCACAACAGAAACCGGACCACCAAGGAGCAUUCCCAACUGCGAAAAUAACCUCAUGACAAUAGCCAGUUGUUACUAAAAGUCACAAAUGGUCACAAAAUUUGAUCUGUAUGGCGUGUCAGUGACUUAUUGCAGCAAGUCUUUCAAUUCAUUUAAGAUUAAAAGUAUAUACACAAUAUGUAUACAGUCCUAACAUGAACCUUUCAUUAAAACAUCGUACUUAGAAUACACCUCAGCCUGAGGAGUAAGUUAACAAAAUUUUUUUAUUGCUCAUUUAAUGUAAGUUAGACUAAAACUGGGUACCGCUAGUCGCUAAUUUGGGUGCUUUUAAUCUGGUGCAUAGAAAUGCGUGUGAGAAAGUGGAAGCAAUUCUUUCCACAAACAUUGUAAAACGGAUGCUGCAGUUAUCAACAUUUAUUUUGUCCACUGAACAUUGCACUUCUAUAUCCAUUUUAAUGAUAUGCUUAUUUUGAUUGUGUGCCAUUAUAAUGCUGCAGCAAGGGUACGUACAAUAGUUCAGGGUGUGCCAAUUAACCUGUCUGAUUGUCUGGGACAAGUAGAAAUUUAGUUCAGACAUUCAAACCUUUGACAUGACUUGUGAAUGGGACAAGCACAUUUUUAAUAGGAACAAUUCAGAAACAGUAGCAAAUGGACUUUCCUUUUACUCUGUAGUUAUAGCAAAUGUUGCAAACCUUGCCAUUUUGUCUUGCUGGCAUUUUGAUUCAGUCAAAACAUGAUUACGUGUAAUAUGUUUUAUUGUGUAUAGUUUUGUAUUAAUUAAUUAAUUUAUGAUUGGAUUACCAUUAUACGCUACAGGGAGCAAGAACUUGGCACAAUAAAUGUGUUGUAUUCCCCGCAAAAAAAAAAGAUGCAGUAAAACAGGCACCAUAAUAUAACACCCCUACCUCCCCACAAUGGCCACCUUCUUCUGUCUCCAAGGUGGCUAUUGUGGAGAGGUUCAACUGUAUCUGUAUUUGUUUUUAUUUCAAUUUUUUCUCUCACAGAUACAGACACAAGUUGAAACAACUGAAGAUCAGAACGAUCAUGAAAACCCUCCCAGACGUCGGGUAUCCACAUGCACGAACAGUUCAGGAGACUCUGGAAAACUUUAUAUCAUCUGCAGAUGAUGUCGUUAAAGUAGAGCAUGUACCUGAAAAGAAGUAUGGAAAAGACCGCUCUCACUCCUACAGUCAUGAAUACAAGUCGGUAAGUUGAUAACAUUAAAGUGUUAAAUAUACAGCUGGUUCUUUAUAUACUCUAUGUAUUUUAUGUAUUUUAGUUAUUAUGGUUGCCCCACAUGGGGCUGUACCACUUGAAGAGCACUUGAUACGUUUUCGUUUUGCUCUAAUCUGUUGCUUCCCUUUAAUUUUUCCUACUGUAGAUUUUCUUGACAACUCUGUCUUAUGAUGAGUUAAAUUAAUUUUUUGAUUUAUCAUUAAUGUUCUAAAUAUGGAUAAAUUAUCACUGCAGGAUGUUGUGUCAGAUGCUGAAAAAAUGUGGGAAUUAAUGAGCAGUAAUGAUAAAAAAUUUCCGAUGACUCAUGAUGGUAAGUUUUAUUAUUGCCAAUACAAUAUGAUCUCAUCUGAACGGUAGACAGAGUCAUUGCACAUAAUGAUAUUAAUCAGACAACUCGCUAAUUUUAAAAGCAUGCCAAAUGAGAUUAUUUUAUAUGGCUACACGAGAGUAUGCCUGUUAAACAACGUAUUAAAAUGACAUGGGAUGCAUUGUCAUAAUCGUUUGUUGAAGCGAAGUACCAAGCUUUUAGAGAAAAAAAUCCACUUUUCAGCAUCAAACAACCCAAUUUGGCAAUUUAACGUAAAAUCAUGUUGAAAAAUCGGCAAAAGGCGAUUUUUAGGGUUUUUCAGGAUUAAGAUAAUUCUCAGGGUACUUUUUAAAACCAAGCUCUUAUCAGGGAUAGGGUUGUGGCUUUGAAUGUUUACAAUGCGCGGUGGCCUGCUCCAAACACUACACCAGUGGAGCCAAACAUCAGCAUCAAUGAUAGGCCACUGGCAAAUGUUGACAGCUUUAAGCCCAUGGGCAGCAGUCAUCUUGAACGAUGGAUUCCUGCACAGAUGGUCUACUAAAAGAACAAUUUCAUUACAUGGAGUAAUACUGACUUCCAGUUGCCACCGUUUGAAUUUUCAUAAAUUUUAUGACUUUAAGUGCUGUUGAAACGACCGGCUUUGGAAAACAGAAGUCCAAGACCUAUGGUGCGUUUCCGUUUCCAAUACUUAAAAUAAACGCAAAUUGGUUUUCACUUUGCUAAAUGUUCAUGUCAAGGCUUCUGUACACUUGGGCAAAUAAGAUAAGUCAAUAUUCAGGAUCCUCUUUGGGGACAUAGGUGCCUUAUCAACACUUCCAACUACAAUGUAAUGGCAUGCAGGACAUGCAGAUUAUGCUGAAUAUACCACGAAAUACUCUUAGGCCUGUUUCAAACGUUGUGCUACUGCCGCGCCAAACUCAAUGAAUUUGGCGCGGCAGGGGCGCGACGUUUGAAAUCAUUCAGUUCAGCAACUUGAAUCUAGUUCGACACGGCAAUUAAAUUCGACAUGGCAAAGCUCGGUCCAAACGUCAUGAUAUUACCGUGCCAAACUCAAUUCAUAAAUUAUGAAAAUGUAUAUGUUUAAGCGGAAGUGCUUUGACUCUUCUGCGCCUGACAGUGACGUUUUCUUUAUUUUGAAUUUUCGCGAGUGACUUAAAUUCGACGUUUGAAACCAUUUCCGUGCUAUUGCCGCGCAACUUGCAGAUCAGUUUCAUUUGAAUUGGACACGGUAAUAGCGCGACGUUUAUUUUUUCUUCAGAAAUUAAAUUAGGCCUGGUUUAUUACUGAAGUGGUGUCUCUUUAUAUGUAUCCCCUCAUUCGCGUAGCUCCCUGAAAUAGAUGUGAUUUCAAUUCUUAAUUGCAGGGUACUUCAAAAUUUAUCAACUGCAAAGUCCCAUUUUGACGGGAUUUGAUUAUUUAUUGAUUGACGAGGCUCAGGACUGUACUCCUGGUAAGAAUUGAAGGCCAAUUUUACAUAUUCUUCGUCUGUUUUAAUUUUCAAGCGAGAAACAUUUUGUGCAAAUAUGUACAUACCUUAAAGUACUACUUAUAAGUUCCCCUUGGUUUUCAGCCCUGAUCCACCUGUCAACAGAAAAAUACAUCCAAUUAUAAGCCCCGGACAAGUUUUCCGUGUUUGAUUGAUAUUCAGAACAUUAAGAAAACUUUUUGUGGAAAGCCUGUUACUACCACUUUAUGCCUGGCUAGCACCCCUUUAAAACCUCCGAUUUUAUUAGACCACCAUAAUAUAUCACAACUCUUUUGUUUUGAGGCUAGGUUGAAGCCCUUGAUGCCUUGUUACAGCUUGAAGGCGCCUCACAGGCAACUUUCAUAAUAAUGACGCAGGAUACUUCUUGGCAAGGGGCUCUUUUUUCAGUAGAGUAUUUGCCACUAUAAAGAGCAUAUUAUGAAGAUAGUUCCUUUCAUGUCGUUAGUUUCGAUUUUGUUCCGAAUAUUGGAUUGAAUUCAAUUAAUAAAUGAAAACGAGGGAUAUGAAAAACGUCUUUCUAUCAACAGUGCUGUAGAUGUUUUCGAAACAUUUUUUUAUUAUUUCAAUUAAUUCGUCUAAAAGCCCUUAUAAAGUAUAAGGCGAAUGCUUAUUAACAAUAAUUUAUGGUGUUUGUAAGCUGUGUACAGUAAAGAAAAAUCGUCAAUACAAGAACGCCUUGGAUUAAAAACUAUAGUCUCAGUUAGUGUGGCACUUAAACUUACUAUCUAGGUCAAUUAACCUUCGCUCACCCUGUAAUUUCACAAUUUAUUUUUCAAUAUUGUGCAAAAAGAAAGUGCGCAUGCUUUUCGUAAAUGUUGGCCAUGUGCCACCUGGUUGCUGCAUUUAACGGACACGGAAAACUCCUGUUGGCAGGAACGUUUCUGAGAACCUUGAUAUACCAUUUUUUUUUUCAACUUCUUUUAUUUAAUUAACUGAGCUUUUUCAUCUGUAGCUGCCUCAGCCUUUCUUCUAAGCCAGAAGUGUAAAAAGAUUUUGGUUGGUGAUCCCCACCAACAGAUUUAUUCGUUUCGCGGCGCAAGAAAUGCUCUCCAGGAGGUGGAGAGUUCAAACACUUUCUAUCUUACUCAGGUCAGUGGUUUAUUCCUUUGAUAGUUUAAAUAGUGUCCGAGUUUAAAAGACAGGACACACUAGGCUAGAAUGUCGCUGCAACAGGUGUCUGCGAUAAAACUGCUCCUUAUGCACAAGGUGACAGAUCACGUCUUUUGUCUUUUUGUCCUAGACGUUUUUCCGAUUUUUUCCCCUGCAGCAGCUCGCAUAAAUUCAAAUGAGUUGGAAUUUGUGUCUUAUAAUAGCAGACAUUAACUGUUCUCUUCCGUGGUGGUGCUUUCUCAGAUAAGAAACGUCCUCUCAUUAAGGCCUCUUAUACAUCAUAAGCCUGUACACAGAUGUUAAAAAAACGGCACAUUUUGUCUGAAAUAAGAAGCUUCAUAUCUAAGAACAGGUGUUAAGGGCUGUGUUAAGGACAGUUUGCGUCUUAUUUUUCCCUUUGUUAAUGGCCCUAUUGUCUCUCUAUACCCAGGUGUAUAUAUACGCGUUAUUCGCGUUCGUCAGAACGUGUCCUAUUCUUGGUGUUCCUGUGGUACAAAGCCACAAAUUUUGUACUGCCGAUUAGCCGCCGCUACUGAUUUUAUUAGGGGAAUCUCGGCCGGGAAACAUGACUCCUUUCGACUCGAGUGACGAAUGCGGAUCCUUGAUCAAUGAUUACCUCUAGUUCAGCAAGCGUGAAGAUGUCUGGAUGUCUGCGUUUGUAUUGACCAAUUCAUGAAAGUUGACGUCAAUUUAAAAUAAAACAACGAGGCCACUGCGGGACCAGCGCAGAAAAUCCUGAGAGGGCAAAAUGGGCCCAUCUUUCCCGCUCAGGUAGCCAGUCAGAACGCAGGAUUCGCUUCAUUUUACCCACCCGCGGUUCAGCCAUAUAUUAAUAAAUUUGGUACAAGUUACUUAUUACUACUAGAUGGACUAGCAUCCCAUUUAGAAAGGAGAAAUUAUCGUUUGACUUUCAGUCUCUUUAUGCAACUAAAAAGUUCUACAGCUUUAAGCUCCUGCAGUUAUGUAAGAGCUUUCCCUUUUUUUCCCUUUUGUACUCGCAUUGUUUUAUACAAGUUUAUUAGUAACAUUUAUGUUGUGGUUGUUGGUUUUAAGUCUUUUAGGUUCGGUCCUGAAAUAGCUCAUGUGGCCUCCAGUGUGUUAAAAGCACUAAAGGAUGUUCAGGAAAAGACUCUUGAGGGGGUAGCUGGUGAAGGUGAAUGCCAUUUUGUUUCUUUUAAUUUUCUUCACUCUUCGCUUGUCUUUAAUGAAAAAGAAAUUUGGAAGGAUGACAUUGUUGUUGUAUUCAUGCUCAAAUUGAAGAUCAGCCAAUUGGUUGUGUUUACUCGUAGUAAAGAAAUAGAAUGCUCCCUUUUUCUAAUUGAAGGGGACCAACGCCAAAUUAUUCUAGCUGAAAACAUGUCGGAAUUGUACAUCAGUAGGCUGCCUAAAAUGGGUGUAAUUCCACAAUUUGGUGUUGGCGUCUUUUUAAAAUCCUAUUCCCCAUUUUACACACACCUGGACAGUUUUCUUUCUCUGGAAUCGAGGCCCUUGAAUUUUCGUAUAUUUAUACACCCUUAUAGCCUGCGACCGGUCGUCGCUAACACGCGUACUAAGUCAAUUCAGAAACAAGUAAAAAGUAUCAACGUCGAUAAAGUAGGAAGUAAAAAACAUUAAGCAAGUAAAUCCGUUUCGUUUCGUGUAGAAUUACUCGCCUCCUCAUUUCUCAAUCUAAUCUUCAAGGAAGCGAGACUGAAUGCCGCUGUUAGCGGCUUCUUGUUUUUACUCCUUACAUGGGUUGUUUUUACUCUUUUUGGAGUUACUUAAAUUCUGAAAGUGGAGUAAAAAUUUUAGGUACAGGAUAACUGGGGUGAUUUUUACUCCUGAAAAAGGGUUCUAUAAACUCUUUUUUGGAGUUAAAAUAACUCUCCCAAAUAACUCCACUGUAAGGAGUUAAAUUAACCCCAUUAGAGGAGUUAUUAUAACUCCUUGAAAAUUACUGUGAGGUUUGAUAACUUUAAACGUGAGCCUCCGGCUCUGGAGACUAGGUAACCACUCCCUAUGUAUUUGACGUCAAGUAAUGUUUAACUUUUUACCUUUUAUACAUCUAAAAAUGAUAUCUUUUUUAAAAAAGCUUUUCAUUCAAUUUCUUGUAUCCUGCUAACUCAAAACCCACUCGUAGACAGCAUACACAUUUUACCAUUACCCCAUACAGGUCUCUCUCAAAUAAUGUAACCCACGUAAGCCACUGGGUUUGAAUUUUUAAAUUUUCUUUAUAAUAAACGUUUGUUCCACCCAGGGGUUCAACUGUGUAGAUUUUCUGUUCAAGAUCUGUCUUGUUGUUUAUUUUUAGGUUCUGUUCUUGAUGAGAAGUGUAGUAAGCAGUUGAACGUAAUUACACGAACAAAUUACACAUUGUUUAAUGAAGCUGCCAGUGUUUGCGAUGCAAAAGAGGACGUCAAAGUUGGCUUCAUUGGGGUAAGGGUAACAACAACUGCUUUACUGUGCUUUUCAGAAACGUGCGAACUCUGAAGUUCAAAAGCCUACUAACGUUUGCAUUCUUUGCUGCCGGUCAGUCAUCCUAGCGGACUUCUUAAGGCUGGUUUUCACUAGCGACGGAGUCGGAGUCGUAAUCACAAGCGUAGAGCUUAUGACCUAGUGAAAACAGCGUUCCGAUUUCGUUUACGACUCCGUCGCUUACGUUCCACUUAUGAUCAAGUGAAAACCAGAUUGUCGGAGUCGGAAGCAGAAGCAGAAGAACCAAACCAAUCACAAAGCGUGGGAACGUGCAUUCUGAUUGGCUUAUCCUUCCGCUUCUGCUUCCGACUCCGACAAUCUGGUUUUCACUAGAUCAUAAGCGGAACGUAAGUGACGGAGUCGUAAGCGGAGUCGGAAGAAAGUGGAAACGUUCUGAUUCUUCCGACUCCGAUUCCGUCGCGGUUAUGACUCCGCUUACGACUCCGAUUUUUGAUUUUCACUAGGUCAUACGCGCUCUUACGACUCCGACUCCGACUCCGUCGCUAGUGAAAACCAGCCUUUAGAAAACAGAAGUUUACUGCGAGGGGAUUCAAAAGUUCAUAGUUUGUGAUUGGUGGAUUUCGAUCCGUUUUGUUCGCUUGUGAUCGUAAUAAUGAUUGACAGUAGCGAAAAACGCAAUUGUUUAACAGCAAAUUGUCAAACAUAGAAAAGAAUGUUUCAUCAGGAUAUCCAACACCGAAAAGUGGGCUGAUAAUACGAGGGACAGCCGAGGUCUAAUUAACCGACUUCUAGGUGGCUGGAAAACAGAGGAAACCCUUUUUUUUGCUCUUUGAUAGCCUCUCAGACAUAAAGUGUUUCGUCGAGAAAUUCAAAGCAAAGGUUUGUCAAUUUUUGCCUCGGUGCCUGUUGUUAUUCAUUGUCUAAAAUAUUUUUUUAGGGAAUAAAAAGUCUUGAUUUAGACAGAAUCCACGACAUAUGGAAGUUGCGUCGCGCUGGAAGUGAUACGGCUAAAGUUAAAAGUAAGUGAACUUAGUUUCAAGCCGUAAAUUUCCACUUAUAGUGGCAUAGCUAUUGCCACCUUUCGUUUUACCUUUGGAAGCGCUUUAAGUGUAGACUUUACCAAAAUUUCUUUGUAACAUCAAAUGAAAAAAAUAAAAGUGUGUGGGAUAAGAAUGUUCACCGCCAGAAAAAAUGCAUUUUUAUUUGAGUAAUGGCCAUGCUAAGUCAUACAAAGUGAGUCACGUUUCCAAUUUUCUUGACUAGUCUCAAAAUGACUUUUCGUUGACAUAGCGGUCGACACAUCAACCGAGUAAUGAUGAUCGACAUAUCAUCCAUCUUUACUUAACAACAAAUCCGGACUUUUAAUCCGAAAACGCAUAUUUUGUUUCAUUACUAAAAUUAAAAAAGCGGAUUAUUGAUCGAAAUGAUCCACAACACAACGGAGGUGGAUUCUUUGGAUCACAACCAAAACAGCCGAUACUUUGGGUACUUGAUCCGAAGCGUUUCUUCACUAUGGACCCGAAAUGAGUGAAUACUGCCAGCGGAAACUCGACACAAUUUUAAUACAUACAUCAGCAGUUUGAUAGCCUGCGGUGCAGGCGUUUUCUUUAAGCUCAAUUUGCUCGCGAAAGCGCCAUGUUGAAACUUCCCGAAGAGAGGAGGAGAUGGGGCAAGUAAGGGUUACUAUUUCUACUCUCCCGAAUCUUCCACUGUCAUAAAAUCAAAGAUGGCGGCUACAACAAUAUUACGAACACGAGCAAGGUUUCGCCCACCCAAAAUACGCCUGCACUGCAAGCUAGCUGUUUGACUGCACUGUUCAUCUGUACAGCCAAGCCGAGACGUGGAUGAAACGAUCGAGUUUAUCUGUUUUAUGGAAGUGGUAAAAUAGAAACAGGACCCACAUUGUUCUAGUUCAAAAGGACAAACCUUCAACACAACUUUGCGUCUCUCGUCGAUAUUGUGGGUCUUUUCUAUGGAAAUGAAUAACAAAUAAUACAUUUUGGGAUACAUCGUUUCUUUUCUCAACGAAAAAUCCUAAUGAUCCGAAUUUUUUAUCUGAUCUUGGAUUUUAGUAAAGAGACGCACCCUUAGAUGACUGUAAUCUAUAGAUUAAAAGAAGAGCAAACAAACAAAUGUUUCAUCAAAUGUCCACUAGAUGUUUUGAAACGAAAACAGAGCCUGAUGUGAGGUGAACAAAAUAGAAGUGAACUGUGGCCAUGUUCAAUUCGACGAGCAUGCUGUAUAUAUACGAGCUGUAAGUUGUUUUAUGACUGUACUUUCGUUUACAUUUCACAGCUUUGGAUAUCAAGGAUAAAUUAAUAAAGCAUUUUGGCACUUUUCCGGCACUUGAAAAAUACGCCAGAGAUGCUCCUGAUCCUGAGCUUCUUUCAAAGAUAAAGGUAAUUUUUUACUUAGCCUUCUCAGGAGCCUAUUACUUUGCUCCACCUAUACCGGGGUGUCUAAUCGAACAGAAUCGAACUAAAAACCAGUCGAAUUCAAUCGAGCGUGAUCUGUCGUUUAAUUUCGUUUGAAUUCGAUUUUGUACGAAUUCCACCUCUUGACGCCAGAAUUUUACCCCCCAGGAGUAAGCAUAAUGAUGAACCUGUAUUAAAUGAAUCAAUGUAAAAAAACAACCGUCCUAACGAUUUACAAAGCGACUACUCGAACCGGGCACUUCUUUGGAAGAAGAUUAUCCUGUCACAACGUUUUUUAAACAGAAAAGAUCCUCAAGUUUUUUUGCAAAUGAACCAUUAUUAUCUUCAAUCUAUAAAUUUGAGGGCUGUUGCCUGAGAGGUCAGGUUAGUUGUUUCAACGGUUGCAUAGUUGACCUUAAAUUUUAUUGGUCCGUUUGCAAAAAAAAAAACCUGAGAAUCUUUUGUUUUCAAAAAACGUUGUGAUUGGAUAAUCUUCUUUCAAGUGCCCCGGUUCGGAUAGUCGCACUGUAAGAGAUGUCAAACAGUCGCUGAACAGUAGUUUGGUAACAGUUGAAUGUUGUAUUAUGGCACGAUCUAGCUUGGGGCAUGACCUCGGACUGUCCAAGAACAGGUUAGGUCUGAUAAAAUUCCGAACGUUUUAUCUUGUGAUGUCGUAAUCUCGUACCCAGAUCUCUUAUUAACAAAGCCUGCUUCGUCAAAAAGAGAUCUGGGUACGAGAUUAGUAAUUUCGGUAAACGUUCGAUUGUUAAAGCCAAUCGACAAUUAGCGAACUUCUUAAAAAAAACUUGUUGAUGGAACACAAGCCUGCGGACGGAAGCAGACGCUUUUUUCGGCUCAUGUUUCAGCCGCCGGGUGAAAUAAGAGCUGAAAAAGGAGUCUGCUUUCACAGGCUAAUGGAUCACGAAAAUUAAACGAACAUUUCAGCAAACUAUCGGCUUUUGACUGAGUUACUCUAGACACUCCUUACAUGUCAGGGGUUUAAAAAGAACAAAUUCCGACUUUCUUCAGGAAGACAAGUUUUUUUAUCGAGUCCACAUGGACUUUUGCAGUAAGUGUGGCUAAAAUAAGACAUUGUGUUGUGUCACAUGUCGAAGCUUGUACUUUAAACAGACAGUUGGAGUGGCUGCUAAGGGGAGGUGUUCGAAUUCAAAAGGUUGUCACACGCGUAAUAGUAUGUUGUUCGAUUUGAAAACGGUGGCUGCUUUUUACUGCAGGUAGAAGUGUAAAACUGCAGCGAACGAAUCUUUGUUAAUGAUUGCUUUUGCUUUCCGUUUUGGUGCUUUUUGUAGAUUGUAGAGAUGCAUGAGGAAAACUUGGACGAAAUCGUUCAAUUGUUGAAAUCCAAAGCUGUCAGGAAAAAUGACAGUGCAGGUUAAUAUAUGUACUUAAACUUUUAAGUAAAACUGGUAAACUGGAAACGUGUAGGAACACGAUAUAGCUGAGGAAAUAAGAAGUUUCUGCGCGAUCCUUGGAACAAUUUUUGUAAAUUGGUGUAUGUCCACGCGUUAUUCACAUGCCCGUGCAGAAGUGGCCGCUAUGGAAUAUUGAUAACCGGACUGAAUUUUUUCCAGGGAACAAGCUGACUAAGAUUUGGUCAAAGUAAGGCAUUAAGCUCUCCAACCCUAGCGAGAUAAUUUAGGGUUUUGAUACAUUCUCUUUCAACAUGUUUCACUUUACUUCCAAGUUAAAGUAUCCAAAUAAAAGCAUUCUCCAUUUAUCUUUUGAUUAGGGAUCUGGAAUUUACCAAAAUUCUAAACACCGCACACCGCUUGGUCUUGGAAAACCACGGCACCAGAGAUUUCCUUAAAAAUUUCCCCAAUAGCGCAUCACCGCAAAUCCUUAGGCCUCCCUUGAUAGAUGUGGCGGCCAUGACGUCAUGUGAAAACAAUUCAUAUUAUACGCAAGUUUAUUUCCGUUGACCGUCAAUCGAAAAGACAGAGAUGUAUUUUGUUUUUUUUUUUCCCAGAUGUAAUUUUUGCUACAGCUCACAAAGCAAAAGGCCUGGAAUUUGAUCAUGUGCGUGUGGCAGAGGACUUCCUUUCUGGAUUGGACUCGGGGCUUUACCUCAGUGAGUUGACCACCUGUUCAGCUUGUGUGUGUUUUCCAUCCGCUUGUACAAGAACCACCUCGUAAAGGAUGAUAGACCUUUUCGGCUUGUAUGUUUUUUCCCCCGCUUCAGACUACGUAAUGUUUUUCAAUAAAGUGUGCAUGCAUAUGUCACCGGUCAAAAUUAAAUUCAGAUCAGAAUUUUUCAACCUAAAUUGAUUCGUAAUUUACGUUGUCUCCUAGCCCUUAUUCAUGAAUAAUUAGGGAUAGGAAACAUAUAUACAGUAGGAUAAGACGACAUUUGGAAGAAGGAGUUCUUUGGAGGAACAUCACUUGGUCUGAAAUAGGAAAACAAAACAUACAAGCUAAAAAGGUCUAUAAAGUGCAUCGAAGAACAUUUUAGUGAUCUUAAUUGGGGUGGUCAAUCCAACUAUUUCAUCCACAAACCAAUUCGUUGAACCACCAUGUUCAGUCAACCCCCAUAUGGCGGACACUCAUCUUGACGGCGAGUUAGGUAGCCUGGAUAGCAAUGGUCCGCAAUAGCGAGGUGCAAAAAGAAUUUGCAUUAGUGGGCUAUCAUGCAUUUACAUUUACAACAGUUUUGAUUUAUGCGCAACGGAAGAAUCCGUUAAUCCCAGCAAAACGAUGCAUAUGAAAAAAAAACAGAUAAAAUAUUUUUAGUCAUGUCUGAAUGCUGAAAGAUGUCGCUCGGUAGAACAACGAUAAAAUGGAGCUGUUGGGACCUUAAAAGUGGCCUUAACGGGAGUUGUUUUUAUUUCCUGUUGUCGUCGUUGUAAUUGUUUUUUUUUUUCAGUCCAACAUCUGUAAGUUAUUCCUAUUCUAGGUCUUCUAGGGAUGUCCAUCUGAGCGAAGGAAUCGAACCCGCGGCCUCUUCCUCAAUAAGUCAAGCGCUCUACCGACCGAGCUAGUCUAGCCGCGGUCGGACUUAAAGUUUAUCCUUAAAUCUGUAAUGCUAGUUAUUUGAUUAACGUUUUUAGGCGAACUGGAGGAUGAUGAAAAGAACCUUUUGUAUGUAGCGGUUAGCCGGGCCAAGAAGUCCCUUAGACUCAGCCAGAAAAUUGUGAACCUCAUACACUUACAAAAGGUACUGAGUUUAAUUACUAUGCUAAGUUGUUACUUUUUGGUUGCUUGUUUCCUCUCCAAAUGCACCACGUAUUUUCAAAAAAGAAGGUCAACUCAAGUCCGUGUUCAGAAUUUCUUACCUUUGCGUAGCGUCUUCGAAUCGUUCAAUUCUAGCCUUAAGCAUCAAAGAGCUAUUAUACCUGAAACUAUGGCCAAGUGGCUGUGAAAUGUUGUUAUCCCGCUCGAAAUAAGAAACUUAUUCUUUGUCGUUGCAAAUUUCCGUUUUUGUCCAUCCACAUGUACGCGUUCGAGAGAAGGGCGUUUUCAGUUACUUCCUGACUCUGGAGAGUGUUUUAAGGGAUCGUUUUGUUCGAAUACGUGUGCACAGAAGGGCAGUCUGGAGAAAAACUAUCCUUUUUCAAGUAAAAAUGAAUGCCUGUGGAGGUCUUUGUUUGGCAUAGCCGAAGUGAAGUAACCACAAAUAACACACACCCACACAUGUGUUAUACUCUCUUUACCAGUCCUGUAUUGCAGGAGCAAGUUCUUUUUGUAAUUCCAGCUUUCUUUAUUUACAGCCCUGUGUCAAGUGUAAGAGCCAAGUUGUAGAAGAACUCAUCGUUUCGGUAAGUGCUUUGAACAUUUUGUUUUUAUUCAUUUUUGUUUUACAGUUGCUAUAGAAACUGAAAGACUAUGCAGUCAUAUCUUGUCGGUAAUCUCCCUGGACUGAGUAAUAAAAGUGAUAAUUCUGAUUCUGAAGGCCAGAUAGAAAUUACUUUACGAUUCAGUGUAAAUAAGGAGAGUCUAUAAUCCUCAAGUCGUUGCUAGCAAUUAUAUCUAUUUUCAUUGUUUCUAGUCAAAAGAAACUUUGCAAAAAGGGAUAAUUGUGAUCAUAGUCGUGGUACUACAUAUCAUGAAGGUGAAGUGUGACCUGUUGCGGCGAAAAAUUACUAUUCUUGAUGCCAAAAAAUUCACGCUCCAUUUUCUCUUUGAGUCAGACUGUCUAGUGAUCGCUGGACGUGCUAUAUUGGCUAAUCCGGCUCGGUCUAAGAAUCUUUAGAACUCACGGCUAACGUAAAGCAAAGAAAACAAAGAAAUCAACGUAGCAGUUGUUGGGAGAACUUAAGGGACACCACAAAGAAAACGCACACAGUUUCAUGCACCGUUUUACCUUUUCAAUCGGUAACGAUAUAAAUCAGUGUCAACCAAGUUCAUACACCUGUGAGAACCAAAGGCUGGAUUGCACAUACCUCCUACGACGUGUAUACAGGUCGAAGGCGAAGGCGAACUAAAAGUGAUACAGAGAUAAGGGUCUCGCGCACAGCUGCGCAGAUCAGUCACUGAAUGACAAACGGAUGUUAUGUAUUGCCAUUGGACGGGGUCCAAUGCAAGACCUACAAUGCAAGCCACUUAGGCCCGGUUGAGACGCCGAUCUUUUCAUGAGCCGAACUGAAUUCGAAUUAAGGCCGAACGAAAUUAUUUAGACCGGCUGAAUUGAUUCAGACGCCGAUCUUAACUGCCGCUGAACAAAGUUCAAAAGGCGAAAAAUGCUUAUUUCAGUCAAACUGUUUACAAAAUACGCUAUUUUAACUUAAGCAUUAGGUUCGGUACAUGAAAAGUUCGGCGUCUGAAUCAAAGUCGUUCCAUAGGCGAAAUUCCCGGCCGGGCUAGGCGAAAAGAACGGCUGAGCCGUUCCAAAUCGAAUUGGUUUGGCUCAUGAAAAGUUCGACGUCUGAACCAGGUCUUACACAGACACGUGAAUUGCUGAUCAUUAGUUUUACGUGUUAUUACAAGAGGCACUAAUGAGACAAGAGUUAGUUUUUCUGAUUACCAAUUUAAGAGUGUACUUUUUAAUUGCUAGAAGUAGGAGAAUUUUUAGCGAAUAUGGCCACCCCAUCCUUUUUUGGACUUCGUUCGUUUACUCGUGCUCUUUUUUAUCAGGAAAUUACUUCCAGUUAUAGCUAGUUUAUUUCGUUGAGUCUGCAGUUUCAUGCUGCUGACCUUCAUCUUAGUCACUGAUAUUCUACCUUGUUUUCUAGGGUGAAGGAUUCUUUUGCCGCUCCUGCGCUCGCUCGAAUUUUCCUUACCUGGAAUCUCUCGCAUUGGAGCAAUCAGCGUUCAGCACAUUCAGUGCAAAACUGAACCCUGUCGGCGCUACCAGGGUAGACUUUGAAGACUUUUAAAUGAAGUUCUAGUUCUAACUUUUGAGUCUGUCUUCAAAAUCAAAAAUCAGUUUAUGGAACGACAAUCUAUUUGAAACCUCCUGUCAGCUUUUUUCGGAUGUUUGAAACUAUCUGUAUUUUAAAGGAGACAUCUAAAACUUUUCUUGUCGAUUGGUCAUUUUACCAGUAGUUACAAAGUGAAUAGUUUCCGGAUAAAACAUUUAUUUCCUGUGCUGCAGUUUAGACUUAUGU